CUCUAAUUAAAUUGGUGCAAGUGGUGCAUCAAGCUUAGGUUCUGCUUUAGCAAAUUGCACUAAUCUCUCUAAUUUGACACUUGAUCUUCGUUCAAAUUAAAUUGGUGCAAGUGGUGCAUCAGGCUUAGGUUCUGCUUUAAUAAAUUGCACUAAUCUCUCAAAUUUGACACUUUUUCUUGGUGGAAAUUAAAUUGGUGAUUAAGGUACUUCAGGCUUAGGAAAUGCUUUAGCAAAUUGCACUAAUCUCUCUAAUUUGACACUUUAUCUAGGUGGAAAUUAAAUUGGUGCAAGUGGUGCAUCAGGCUUAGGUUCUGGUUUAGCAAAUUGCUCUAAUCUUUCAAAUUUGACACUACAUCUUAGUUCUAAUUAAAUUGGUGUAAGUGGUGCAUCAGGCUUAGGUUCUGCUUUAGCAAAUUGUACUAAUCUCUAAAAUUUGACUCUUGAUCUUAGUUCUAGUUAAAUUGGUCCUAGUGGUGCAUUGGGUUUAUGUUCUGCUUUAGCAAAUUGCACUAAUCUCUCAAAUUUGGUACUUGAUUUUCGUUCUAAUUAAAUUGAUUCAAAUGGUGCAUCAGGAUUAGGUUCUGCUUUAGCAAAUUGCAUUAAUCUCUCAAAUUUAACACUUGAUCUUAGUGGAAACUAAAUUGGUGAUUAAGGUACUUCAGGCUUAGGUUCUGCUUUAUCAAAUUGCACUAAUCUGUCAAAUUUGACACUUGUUCUUAGUGGAAAUUAAAUUGGUGAUUAAGGUACUUCAGGAUUAGGAACUGCUUUAGCAAAUUACAAUAAUCUCUCAAAUUUGACACUUUAUCUUGGUGGAAACUAAAUUGGUGAUUUAGGUACUUCAAACUUAUGUUCUGGUUUAGCAAAUUGCACUAAUCUCUCAAAUUUAACACUUGAUCUUAUUAGAAAUUAGAUUGGUGAUUAAGGUACUUCAGGCUUAGGGAUUGCUUUAGCAAAUUGCACUACUCUCUCAAAUUUGACACUUUAUCUUGGUUUUAAUUAAAUUGGUGCAAGUGGGGCAUCAGGCUUAGUAACUGCUUUAGCAAAUUGCACUAAUCUCUCAAAUUUGAAACUUUAUCUUGGUUCUAAUUAAAUUGGUGCAAGUGGUGCAUCAGGCUUAGGUUCUGCUUUAGCAAAUUGCACUAAUCUCUCAAAUUUGACACUUGAUCUUAGUUCUAAUUAAAUUGGUGCAAGUGGUGCUUCAGGCUUAAGUUCUGCUUUAGCAAAUUGCACUAAUCUCUCAAAUUUGACACUUGAUCUUAUUGGAAAUUUAAUUGGUGAUUAAGGUACUUCAGGCUUAGGAAUUGCUUUAACAAAUUACACUAAUCUCUACAGUUUGACACUUUUUCUUGGUGGAAAUGAAAUUGAUAAUUAAAGUAUUUCAGGUUUCGGUUUUGCUUUAGCAAAUUGCACUAACCUCUCAAAUUUGACACUUUAUCUUGGUUACAAUUAAAUUGGUGAUUAAGGUACUUCACGCUUAGAAACUGUAUUAACAAAUUGUACUAAUCUCUCAAAUUUGACACUUGAUCUUCAUAGAAAUUAAAUUGGUGCAAGUGGUGCAUCAUGCUUAGGUUCUGCUUUAGCAAAUUGCAUUAAUCUCUCAAAUUUGACACUUUAUCUUAGUACUAACUAAAUUGGUAAUUAAGGUACUUCAGCCUUAUGUUCUGCUUUAGUUAAUUGCACUAAUCUCUCAAAUUUGAUACUUGAUCUUCGUUACAAUUAAAUUGGUGCAAGUGGGGCAUCAGGCUUAGGUUGUGCUUUAGUAAAUUGCAUUAAUCUCUCAAAUUUGACACUUGAUCUUGGUGGAAAUUAAAUUGGUGAUUAAGGAACUUCAGGCUUAGGUUCUGCUUUAGCAAAUUGCACUAAUCUCUCAAAUUUGGCACUUGAUCUUGGUUACAAUUAAAUUGGUAAUUAAGGUACUUCAUGCUUAGGAAAUGCUUUAGCAAAUUGCACUAAACUAUCAAAUUUGACACUUAAUCUUGGGUAAAAACAGUUUAUUUGUUUUGGGUUAUGA